AUGGCAUCAACAUGGGAUCUCUUGGAUCCUGAGGAAGAGGCUGAGCUUCACAAGACUCGCCUCCUCAAUGUGGAGGAGAAGCCUUUCAAGCGUCUCACCAAACGAAUCAAUACCAUUUCACAACUCUUACUGCCAUUUGAUCCUGCCAUAAAUGGAGCCAAUACGUCUGAAGAUAUCAGAUCCAAACUCAAGCAGCUCAAGGAGGACAUGAACCUUGAUUUCGAUGCUUUUGGCAGCAGUAUCACGCGCAUGCAAUUCCUCCACAACGCAAAUUCCCAAGAACGUGAGCGCUACAGAGUCGACCAAGAUCGUAUCCUCGCCGAUUGCCAAUCGGUACGACAAAACAAUAUCCAACUUCGAGAGCAGCUCGAGUCCGCACAAGCCACCCUCGCACAGCGCAAACAAUUCGACGAGCUAGCGGAAAAAAUCACAUCGAACCGUCUUCUUCGACCACGGGAAGACCAAAUCACCAACCUUGCUAAACUCGAGGAAGAGUGUCGAGAGCUAGAGCGAGAGAGUGAAACCUACAGCGAAACUUGGAGGGAACGUCGAGAACAGUUUAACAGAAUCAUGGAAGAAGGGAUGCUCUUGCGGCGACAGAUCAGAGAUGAAAAGGAGGAGGUCGAUCGUCGAGAGGGUAUGAAUGAGGAUGCAGAGGAUGAUGCCGAGGUGGACAAGGUCGGCCAGACACCCAGAAACGAACCGAGCGGUAACGCGACACCUCAUCCCGACCUGGAUAGCCAGAUGAAGGCAGAUGGGGGCGCAGGAACACCAAACCCAGAAGCUCUCAAUGGAGGAACAACGCCAAUGAGGGAUACGCCAGGCCCAGACACGCUUAAGCCACCUUCUGGUCAUAAUGAGUCGCAAAGCCGGGGAGAUAGCCAGGCUCCCAGUCGGGACGUUUCGCCUAUGCCACCACACGACGAGCGCAAGGCAGAAUCGGGAGAGGAUGUUGACAUGGAGGAGUCUGAGUUCAGUCGAACCCAUGACGACGGAGGAAUGACACCCCAGGUGACAGUUGAGCUACCUGAAAGUAAUGAUGACAAGAUGGAAGUAGACAAUUAG